AUGGAGCUGCUUCGUUUUGCUGUUUUUUCUGUUCUGCUAUGUCUGGCUCUUGCGGGGAGUGAUAUGACGUCGUCACAUUCGGCUGAAGAAUACUGGCAUUCAAUCUGGCCAGACACUUCUAUGCCUAAGAAUUUGGAGUAUCUGUUGUGGUCUGGCGUGAACGAUGCAGAGAAAGAUGAUACUCAAUAUCCCUAUACCAGCUUCUUUGAAGAAGACCUUCAUGCUGGCAAACAAAUGAACAUAAUAUUCAAGAGUCCUUAUGCUAAUGAGGAGCAGAAAAUUGAUAUUGUGGAGAAAGAUCCAGAGAAGUCCUUAUCUUCUCAAUCUUGGAAUGCUUUAUCAGAAAAGUCAAGCUUGAAUCAACCUUAUGGGGUUGGUACAUGGAAAAGACACGUAAGGGAUGCUGACAAGUCAAGCUUGAAUCAACCUUAUGGAGUUGGUACAUGGAAAAGAAGCAUGGUGGAUGUUGAUGAGUCAAGCUUGAAUCAACCUUAUGGAGUUGGUACAUGGAAAAGAAGUGCGGCGGAUGUCGAUCAGUCAAGCUUGAAUCAACCUUAUGGAGUUUAUACGUGGAAAAGAAACCCAGUGGAUGUUGACAAGUCAAGCUUGAAUCAACCUUAUGGAGUUAUACGUGGAAAAGAAACCCAAUGGAUGUUGACCAGUCAAGCUUGA